GUUUGAAUGAAAGGAGUGCUCGAAACGGAAAGACCAUGAUCUGUUGUAAUCCUGUUUAUUUGUCAACAUCAACAAACUUUCAUCUACCGUAUUUUCACUCACUGAUUCUGAUAGAAAAUGACUAAAUUUUGAAAUAGAAAAAAUGGAAGACAGAAAUAAAGAAAUAGAAGAUAUACAUGGUGGAUUCAAAGAUAUAAAGGAGAAAGAUUUGUGCGAGGACAGUGUGUGGAAUGAUGGCUCAAUCUGGCAACAUAUGCCUGAUGACUUUAUCAUUCAUAUAUUCUCCUUCUUAGACUGUAACAGUUUGUUGGAAGCUUCUAAAACAUGUAGUAAAUGGAGACGUGUUGCUAUAGAUGAAAGCUUAUGGAAAGAUUUAGUCAGCUGUAAAGUGGGUCUUCCAAGGGCUUCAUUACCCGACUGUGAGAGUUGGUAUGAGGAAUUCAGACGUCUCUGUAUGAAUGUUCCUGUCGUGGAAAGUGAAGUGUUAAAGGAACACGAGGAUGAAGUUUAUCAUGUGAUGUUCUCUCCGUCAGGAAAAUAUUUCUCUUCAACAGGAAAAGAUGGCAAUGUUAUUGUCUGGGAACUUGGAAUGCCAACCACAAUGUUUACAAAGAAACUUGUUGUAGAUUUACCUAGUUAUACACGUUUUUCUGAAUUCAAUCAAUCAGAGACCAAACUUUUAGUGGCUGGGAUGGAUAUGGGCUACUUCUAUGAUGGCUUUAUAAAGAUUUAUCAAUUUGGAAAAGAACUUAUAGAACUCUGUCUUGUAAGAGUUGAGUUUCCUAAUUUCCGAGGAGCUUGGUAUGAUGACAAUAAUUUUAUUUCUAUGGGUAGAGCUAGUGAAGAUGGACAUGGCUAUUUCUUACAAGUGAGGACUCACAAGGCUGAAAAGAAGAUUUGUCAGCAUGAAUUUAGUGAGUUAUUAAAAAUCAGACAUUGUCGCCAUAGAAAUGAUUUUGUUAGAAUCAUAGACAAAUCAAAAUGGCCAAAAACAAAAACAGAUAAUUCAGAUGAUGAUGAAACAGAUAAUAACAUGGACACUUUCCGUGCAUCAACAAGUGCUUGUGACUGUGACCAUGACCCUGUAACUAAGAAACAAAAACAGGAAGACAAUGAAAGUGACGAAGAUGAUAAUGAGAAUGCUUGUAACAGUACAGGAACACAGGAUAAAUAUUUGAUUUUAUAUCAAACAUCAUUGGAUUAUAAAGCUACUUUGUACAAGUACGGUAUAGACUAUAAUGUUUUAAAUGACCCAGAGUCAGGUGAAAUGGGAAGGAUGUUUACACCUCCCUAUUGUUUAUAUGAAUGUGAUGGUACAUGCAUUGGAACAAGUUUAUCAAAAGAUCAUAGGUAUCUUGCUUAUUGUGUGAGACAAAAGAUUCCAGGGGAAGGAUUUAGUUUGUAUGAUGAGAGUAUAGAGGUCAGAGUUUAUGACCUUCAAAAUGACCUUGAGACUAAAGAGGUUUACAGGGGAGCCAGAUCUGUUGGAGAAGAUCAUGUGUCCUAUAUUUUUCCAUCUAUAAGCAAGAAUUUUGUUGCCUGUGGAAGUGAAAAUUUGAAAGGUUAUAUCUGGGACCGUCGCUAUGGAGUUAUAUUAUCAGAACUCAAUCAUGAAUGUGGAAUUCAUUCACAGAAUGGUGUGAAUGCUACGGCUUUUUGUCCAACAGAUCAGGAAGUUUUGGUAACAGUAGCAGAUGACCUUAAUAUUAGAGUUUGGAGGUCAAGACAGGCGGUUUAUGACACACGAAUUGCAAGUGUUAUAGACAUUCCAAAUAAACCUGAUUAUCAGAAUGUAAUACCUUCCUUGCCAAUCAUUAAUUCAGAUUCAGAUUCUACAGAUGAAGCUGUCAGGGAUGAUUUAGAUGAUGGCAAAACAACGUGCUGUUAUGGACUUAAAAAUAGAAAAUUAAAAGCAAAAAUAACAAAAAAAAGAUAAUGAAGACAAAAUAAUCAAAUAUUAAUGUUUGUUAUGGAUUUGUUUUGAUAAAACCAGUUGACCUACAAUUUCUUCAUUAAGGAAUUGAAGCAAAGUAAAAGAAUCACUGUAUGAUUAAUGUUUUUUUAUAUAUUUAUAUAUGAGUACUAGAACAAAAAGCAUUCAUGAACAGGUCUGCUGAGAAACAAUUGUAGAUUAAUAUAUAAUACUUUUGUCCCCCCCCUUUUUUUAAAGGAAAAUCCCUAAGACUUUGUGUGAAUACAUGUACUUGCAUGUUAUUUCUAAAGGAUCAAUACCUCGACAGUAUAUAAAUCAUCAGUAAGCGUAUGUCUGUGAUAUAUUUAUGAGUUUUUUGUAUGGAAUAUAUGUGUUUAUAAUUCUUUGAACAUUUUCUUUUUAAAUUGUUGUGGAAGUGUUUGACUACUAUGGUAUGAGAAAGUUCUUGAAAAAAUAUUUGAUUACAUAUAUCUACAUAAAUAUGAAAACUAUAUGAUUUAUAUGUACAUUGUAUUGUUUUUCAUUAGUUUUUCGUGUUUGUUUGUAAACCAUUGGCCCAUUUGGGAGUAAAAUGCUAUUCUAUAAAGUGAAGUAUAGUGUUGUUCUAAAACUUCAAAUAAAUGUUGUUACUGAUAGUCUUUUCCUAAAUAACACUAUGCAUUGUCUGUCUUGGAAAGAUUUACCAAGUUCUAUAAAUAUGAAAUUGACUUUAAAACUUGCAUUCAUAUACAAGAUAUAUAACAUAUUUGUUUAAGAUAUACAACCUUGUAAUUGUUUGCUUCAGUAAAUUUGCAUAAUUAUUUGAUACUAAAAACCAAUAGUCUUUCAUGUUUAAAUCUACAAGUGAUGAACAUUUAAAAUCAGACAUUAAACUAGCUUAAUAAGGAGCUAUUUUAUUACCUGUAUUUGUUUACAGUUUUCUUUUUUUUCUAAUUUAAGGGGGUAGACCUUGGUUCAGGGAGACAACUCCUUAAGUCAGUUAUACGUUUGUAAAAGUCAAGUUUUAUCAAUGUAUGAAAGCUUUUACCUGAAACAGAUUGGAAAUAAUCUAUGUAACCAUGAUGCUUAGAAUAUAUUUAUAAAAAUGGUUUACACAAUCAUACUGAUGAUUUUAAGAGUUAUUUCCCUUAACCAAGGUCCACCUCCUCAAUAUCAAGUUUUUUCCAUCUACUCAGUUUUUUCUUUA